UUCCAAAGUAUCCAAUCGAAUCAAGUGUAUGGAACUACAAGUUUUUCAGUAAGAAGUUGAACCGUCAUUAAUGUCCAGGCAAGUGAGAAACCACCUCUCAUCUCAACCAUUCAAUGGUUCGCAUGCCAAUCCUUUGCGAGGUUGAAUCUACUCUGUUGAAAUCAACGAACUGUACCUUCCAUCAUACGCAACUCGUAAUUUCUCAUAGUUUGAAAUCGGAGUAGGCCAGAAGUUAACCUUAGGCUGAAACACAAAAAAUUUAUAUCGUAUAUUUGUCUGGUCAACGAAUAACUCCGUCUUCUCCCGCCUCAGAUUACACGAAAAGAGAGUCGUCGUAUAACGAAAAGGCUUAUAAUGACGAAUCGAGUAUCGUAGAAAGAUAACCUCGGGCUUCUCUGGAUGUUGACCAACUACACUACCCUUGCCCCAGUCCGAGCUCUUGAUUUCAGGGAUAUUACCAAAUAACUUAUUCAACGACACUUGAUAGUGUCUCCUCCAACGACGACCUCCUUCGUCUUCUUACCAUCUCCACACACUCAAACUAUCCUCUGUUCUGGCCCAAUACAAUGGAGAAAUCAAGUGCAGAGCAGCUUGCGAGGAACAAACCGCUGAACAACCUUCGACCUGACCAAAAGAAUCCAUUAAAAUUGGAGCUUCGUCAUCAUUAUUAUCAUCUAGUCGGCUGUAAGGAUUCCACCCAACAACGACUGAUUUCCUGUCAUAAUCCUUCCAGUACAACUUCCCAUUAAGCGAAACAACAUCAUAAUCUAGAUCCCACCGUGGAAUUGAAGCACAGAGAGCAAGUUCCAUCCACUCCCCUGCUUCCGAACAGAAAACGUCUGAUUCUCGACCAUAUCGGUGCAAGCGCACCACGAAAAACCGAUAAUCGGAGUGAUGGGUGAACGGCUCUUCCCCACCGCCGGCGACGCCGAAAAACAGAGUGUUGAUGAUCGAAUUACAGGGCUUGCACACCAAUCUUGCUGUAAUCGCCGUGGAGCUAGUUUUUGGCGCCAAAGGAAGGGCCACCCACUGCUUUGUGAACGGAUUGCAUACCAAGAACGUCCUUCUCAGCUCACCGUCGGGAUUCCUCCCGCCGUUCCGAUCCGCGAAUUGGACCAGGAGCAAGUCCCUGAAGCAAUCCGCAACGAAGGCCUGGAAGGGGAUUUCGUCGCUGGGCACUAGGAGAAAGAUCCAGAUGGGUCCCCGGACGGCGGAGGAUAUCAGGAGAGGCCGGUUCGAAUCAGGGGUGGGAAAGGAAGCGGCGAGAGAAGGAGGGAGUGGAGAGGAGGGAGUACCAUCGCUUGCAGACGGAUUUGCACCGCCAGGCGGAUUUGGUGUCCGAGAGGCGACAAAGGAAUUCUGCGAGUAGAUCGUGGUCCCCGAGUUUGCUGAUCCCCGCCGGAAGGGAAAUAGCUAGCGUUUUCCGGCGGCUAUCCUCGGUCGCCAUUGUUGCUGUGUGCUGGCGAGGAGAUUCGGGUACAAAAACAGGGAGCGGAGACCUAGACCCAACAGAAAGAAGAAAAAAAGUCCCCAUUUUAUUUGUAUGCCUGAUUUUUCCUAAUCGCCGUGGGUAAAGGGGCUUAUCCAAGCUAUUAGGCAUGGGCUUAUCGAGUAUCCCAAAAAUUUAUCUAGCCCAAUCCUUAAAGCGAUCCAGCCCACAUUACUGGACGCUAGGUGCAAGUUAGAGCAACUCCAUCCCAGAUUGCUUAUUGCUAUUGCUUUUGUUUAUUGGAUGGACAAAAAAACUCAGGAAUUGGAAUUCCAUUUCCAAUUCUAUUUGAUUAUUCCAUGUUUGGAAUAGUAAGAAGGUUGACAAUUGAACUCCAUUUGACCCAAAUAUUGGAAAUUAGAAUUCCUAUCAAAAGUUAUAGGAAUUGGGUUUAUGAAGAUGGAAUUAGUGAGACCCAUUCAUCUUUAUUAUUAUUUUAUAACUCCACUAUCUUAUUCCUCUCUUUCUCUCUCAUCAGUAUUUCAUUUCUCAAGAUAAAAAAAUCUACUAAAUCAUUAAUGAUUUUUAAAGAGUACAAUUCAUUUCCAUAGUUGUCGAAAUUAUGCCAAACACAAAUAUUGGAAAUGGAAUUCCAUAAAAGUUAGAAUUGGGAAUGAAAAUCCAUUUCCAUUUCUUAUGGAAUUAUAUCCAAACAGGCGGUAAGCAAUUGCAAGAAUGUAGUACUUCUUUCUUAUUUAGCAAGAUUGCUAAAUAAGCAAUCCCUUUUGCAAUGUAACAUAAGCAAUUGGGACCACACACUCAAAUUCUUUCUUUUUUUUUUCUAUCAACUUUGUACACAUAAAUUUUUACACUUAAUAAUCCUUGUGCUUGUGAUUUUUUUAAUUUAUUAAUAAAUUAAAAUCAUAAAUUAUGUUUUAAUUAUAUUGAACAUGAAAACUUAACACAAUGAUGUAUAAUUAAUGGUUGAACAUCCAUACACAAAACUAGAAAGAAAUCAUACUAAAAGUACACACCAUUCAUAUCAUGUAAUUUGUUUUGAUUUUUUGUAUUUCAUUAUGUAAUUUUUCCUUAUUUCUAUUUUGUGUAUGCUAUGUAUUUUGUGUUUAUUGAAUUUUUAAAAGUCUAUAAUCUAUUAUGCAAAAAUAUUGUUGAGAAAAAGAAUAUGGAGUAGGUCCCGUAAGGGACAUAGGUGGUUUGAAAUUGUUGAAUUGAAUAAUUGCUAAAGUUGGUGAUGUGAAUGUGGGGUCUAUUUAUGAAAUGGCUAACCUGUUGCAGGGAUGUAGAUGGUCUUACUCCCUACAGUGAUUUUAAAACAUAUCGCCAGCGACUUAUAACGGCUCAAUCUCUACCGCCGAUUAUAAAACAAGACGUAAAGUCGUAUCAAAGGUAUAUCUUAUGCUAAAAUCGUGAUUCGACCGUUUUAUACAAUUAAAAUCAAUAAUCAGUUUAAACUUUUAUAGAAGAUUUUUCAGAUUAGAUGGUCGAUUCGAUUUUACAAAUACUAUUAUAAAGAUGGAGCGGGGAACCGCAUGCGCAGUGAGCAAUGCGUCAAAGCACAGAACAAGAAAGUGCCAAAUUAUUGUGUUGCCAUUGCAUGCAUGAUUUUAGGUCUAAAGUGGCUCUCCGAGUAUUCAAUUGGGUUCCUUAGUGUUUAAUGUUUUUUUCCCCUUGUCUUGUCUUUCUAAGAACUUUCUUCCAAAGAACAUUAUCUGUCAGCACGUAGACGGAUCCAUAGUUAGUAAAUACUCCGUUUAAUA